AUAAAACGACAGCAAAUUAUAUCACGAGUGUUUUGUUUAAUGAGCGAGCAAUUUCAGUUUGUUUUACGAUUGAACAUUAGAGUUUCAUGGAGCUUGUGAACGGACUUUCGACCCCAAUUACGGCGGAGGAGGAAGCUACCGAAGGAACCAACGGUACUGAUCACCGUGUGGCAACGAUUUCAGCGAAUGGCACUGUUACUAACAGCAAUCUCUCAAUACUGUCGGAUUCGCAGUGGGAGCUUUGGGAUCAGAUAGACAUACCUUCAAAGCAACGGAAGCAAACCAAUAGUGAGCUAUGUGAACAAGAAUCCCUUCAGAAUUGUCCAUUGGGGCGAGCUUUGUUGACCGACACUGACGAGCGGCCGUACAGAUGUGAUAUAAGAGACAAAUCAUUUACUGAGAAGUGUGCUUUGAACACGCACAAAAAUAAUCACAGUAAUGAACGACCACAUAAGUGCGAGAUAUGUGGCAAUGAACUCGGUAAUAAGCAAAACCUAAAGCGUCAUAUGGUAACUCACACAAGUGAGCGACCGUACAAAUGCGAUAUAUGUGGCAAAUCAUUUAAACAUCAGAGUGCGCUAACUUGGCACACAAAGAAUCACAGUAAUGAACAACCGUACAAAUGUGAUAUAUGUGACAAAUCAUUUAAACAUCAGAGUGCGCUAACUUGGCACACAAAGAAUCACAGUAAUGCACAACAGUAUAAAUGUGAGAUUUGUGAUAAAGGAUUCCUUCAGAAGUGUCUGCUUGAGCGACAUGUGUUAACUCACACUACCCAGCGGCCGCAUAAAUGCGAGAUAUGUGACAAAGGAUUCGUUCAGAAGUCUGAUAUGAAACGACAUAUGGUAACUCACACCGGCGAGCGACCCUAUAAAUGUGAUAUAUGUGAGAAAUCAUUUAACCGCCAGAGUAUCUUAAUUUCGCACACACAUGUUCAUAGUAAUGAAGGGUCGCAUAAGUGCGAGGUAUGCGGUAAAGUAUUUGUUCAUAACUAUGGCCUAAAGCGUCAUAUGGUAACUCACACUGGCGAGCGACCGUAUAAAUGUGAUAUAUGUGAGAAAUCAUUUAACCGCCGGUGUAUCUUAAUUUCGCACACACAUGUUCAUAGCAAUGAAGGGUCGCAUAAGUGCGAGGUAUGCGGCAAAGAAUUUGCUCAAAAGCAUUACCUAAAGCGUCAUAUGGUAACUCACACUGGCGAUCGGCCGUGCAAAUGCAUGAUAUGUGGUAAAGGAUUCGUUCAGAAGUCUCUGCUUGAGCGACAUGUGUUAACUCACACUGGCGAGCGACCGUACAAAUGCGAGAUAUGUGGCAAAGGAUUCGUUGAGAAGUUUUAUAUGAAACAACAUAUGGUAACUCACACUGGCGAGUGGCCGUACAAAUGCGAGAUAUGUGGCAAAGGUUUCGUUCAGAAGUCGUAUGUGAAAGAACAUAUGGUAAUUCACACUGGUGAGCGACCGUAUAAAUGUGAUAUAUGUGACAAAUCAUUUAAAUAUCAGAAUUCACUAAAUUUACACACAAAGCAUCACAGUAAUGAACAACCGCAUAAAUGUGAGAUAUGUGGUAAAGGAUUCGUUCAGAAGCAUCUGCUUAUGAAACAUAUGGUAACUCACACUGGCGAGUGGCCUUACAAAUGCGAGAUAUGUGGUAAAGGAUUCGUUCAGAAGUCGAGUGUGAAAGAACAUAUGGCAAUUCACACUGGCGAGCGACCGUAUAAGUGUGAUAUAUGUGACAAAUCAUUUAAACAUCAGAGUACGCAAACUUUGCACACGAAGAAUCACAGUAAUGAAAAACCGCAUAAAUGUGAGAUAUGUGGUAAAGGAUGCCUUCAGAAGUGUCUAUUUGAGCGACAUGUGUUGACUCACACUGACGAGCGACCGUACAAAUGCGAGAUAUGUGGCAAAGGAUUCGUUGAGAAGUUUUGUAUGGAACAACAUAUGGUAACUCACACUGGCGAGCAGCCUUUACGCCCGGAUGUAAAGAAAUGUAAGGUGAUCAAUGAUAUUGACAGCACAAGUCUGAUGGAUAAAAUUAGGCUUGUCCCAGUACCCGAUUCUUGCUCCAAGGCAAAAGACUUACUCCUGUUUACUUUCAGAAGAAAAAAGAGCUUUCAACUUGUAUACUCAGGAGUCCUACCAGUUUUUCCGGAUACUGGAACAAACCUAUUGUUUCAUGCCAGCAAAAAUUUAUUUUUUCACUUUUUCAGCACUGUUAUUAACAGCAGUCUCUCAAUACUGUCGGAUUCACAGUUUGAGCUUUGGGACAUGCCUUCAAAGCAACAGAAGCAAACCAACAGUGAGCUAUGUGGACAAGAAUCCCUUCAGCAUUGUCCAGUAGGGCGAGAUGUGUUAACCGACACUGACAAGCGGCCGUACAAAUGUGAUAUAUGUAGCAAAUCAUUUGAUAAGGAGAGUAUUUGGAACAGACACAGAAAUUUUCACAGUACUGAACGACCGCACAAGUGCGAGAUAUGUGGCAAAGGAUUCCUUCAAAAGCAACACCUAAUGCGUCAUAUAGUAACACACACUGGCGAGCGACCGUGCAAAUGCAAGAUAUGUGGAAAAGGAUUCGCUCACAAGUAUUCUUUGAAUGAACAUAUGGUGACUCACACUGGCGAGCGACCGUAUAAAUGUGAUAUAUGUGACAAAGCAUUUAAACGUCAGACGGCGCUAACUGUGCAUAUAAAUAAUCACAGUAAUGAAAAACCAUAUAAAUGUGAGGUAUGUGGUAAAGGAUUCCUUCGGAAGAAUCUGCUUGAGCAACAUCUGUUAACUCACACUGGCGAGCGGCCGUACAUAUGCGAGAUAUGUGGCAAAGGAUUCGUUCACAAGUAUUCUUUAAAUGGACAUAUGGUGACUCACAGUGGCGAGCGUCCGUAUAAAUGUGAUAUAUGUGACAAAGUAUUUAAACGUCAGACGGCGCUAACUGUGCAUAUAAAUAAUCACAGUAAUGAAAAACCAUAUAAAUGUGAGGUAUGUGGUAAAGGAUUCCUUCAGAAGUAUCUGCUUGAGCAACAUGUGUUAACUCACACUGGCGAGCGGCCGUACAUAUGCGAGAUAUGUGGCAAAGGAUUCGUUAAGAAGUUUUGUAUGAAACAACAUAUGGUAAUUCACACUGGCGAGUGGUCGUUCAAAUGCGAGAUAUGUGGCAAAGGAUUCCUUCAGAAGUCGUUUAUAAAAGAACAUAUGGUAACUCACACUGGCGAGCGACCGUAUAAAUGUGAGAUAUGUGGUAAAGGAUUCCUUCAGAAGCAUCUGCUUAUGCAACAUGUGUUAGCUCACACUGGCGAGCGGCCGUACCAAUGUGAUAUAUGUGACAAAUCAUUUACUGAGAAGGGUGUUUUGAAACAGCACAGAAAGAUUCACAGUAAUGAACGACCGCAUAAAUGCGAGAUAUGUGGCAAUGAAUUCAUUCAUAAACAUCAGCUAAAGCGUCAUAUGGCAACUCACACCGGCGAGCGGCCGUACAAAUGCGAGAUAUGUGUCAAAGGAUUCCUUCAUAAGUGUCUGCUUGAGCAACAUAUGUUAACCCACACUGGCGAGCGGCCGCACAAAUGCGAGAUAUGUGGAAAAGGCUUCCUUCAGAUUUAUCGGCUUGAGAGACAUGUGUUAACUCACACUGGCGAGCGGCCGCAGAAAUGCGAGAUUUGUGGCAAAGGAUUCCUUCAGAAGUCUGAUAUGAAACAACAUAUGGUAACUCACACUGGCGAGUGGCCGUACAAAUGCGAGAUAUGUGGCAAAGGAUUUGUUCAGAAGUCGUAUAUGAAAGAACAUAUGGUAAAUCACACUGGCGAGCGACCGUAUAAAUGUGAUAUAUGUGACAAAUCAUUUAUCCGCCAAAGUAUCUUAACUUUGCACACACAUAUUCAUAGUAAUGAACGGUCGCAAAAGUGCGAGGUAUGUGGCAAAGAAUUUCUUCAGAAACAUAACCUGAAGAAACAUGCGUUGAGCCACACUGGCGAGCGGCUGUAAAAAUGUGAUAUAUGUGGUACAGAAAUGUUUACAGUAACGGAUAUGUAGCAAACCAUAUACGCGCAAAAAAAAUGAAUUUAUAAGUAAUAAAAUAAUGGAUUGAAUUUAAUAAUAAAAAUAUUGCCCA